CAAUGUAAUUGUACUUGGUACGGUUAACAGUAAUAUACUCCUUUUUAGAAUUUCAGGAACAUGUAUCUUUUAUAUAUGUUUUAUAUGGUUAGACUAUGAAUAAAUACGCGCCGUCACGUCCCGAAGAAGGGUUAAAAGAGAUUAAAAGUAAAAAAAAACAACCUGUCACGCUUAAUCUUCCAGAUGUUUAUAAUAAACGUUAGCCCCAGUUCUUGUACCUCUCAGCUUUCAAACCCCAAGAACCACCACAGAAGCAGAAGAGAGAAGCGGCUACAUUCUCCGGCAAGUUGGACGGAUAGAUCGCCGAUAAUUGACAAAUUCUUCUCCGUUUCCUGUCACUUGUUGAAAUGGCUAGUAGUACUGUAAGGAACGUGCAUGGUAAGAGAUCUAGUUUCCAAUCUGAGUUUACUGGAAACGGAGCAAGCAAGAGAAGAAACCUUCACGAUGAGACAGAUCGCAAUGUCAUUGGUUCUGAAGACACCGUGUACCGUUACUUGUGCCCUGUUAAGAAAACAGGGAGCAUUAUCGGCAAGGGCGGUGAGAUCGCGAAGCAGAUAAGGUCCGAGACAAAGUCAAACAUGAGGAUCAACGAGGCUUUGCCAGGUUGCGAGGAGCGCGUUGUUACCAUAUAUUCCACUAGUGAUGAGUUGAACCAUUUUGGAGACGAUGGGGAGAUCGUUUGUCCUGCUUUGGAUGCUCUUUUCAAGGUCCAUGACAUGAUUGUAGCCGAGGUUGAUGAAGAUGAUGAUGAUGAUCUUGGCGAUAAACAAACGGUUACUGUGAGGAUGCUUGUGCCUUCGGACCAGAUAGGUUGUGUUAUCGGGAACGGAGGGCAAGUGAUUCAGAAUCUGCGUAACGAUACCAAUGCUCAGAUUCGUGCCAUUAAAGAUAAUCUACCUGCGUGUGCUUUGACUUUGAGCCAUGAUGAGCUUCUUCAGAUAAUUGGAGAGCCUUUGAUUGUAAGAGAGGCUCUUUAUCAAGUUGCUUCACUUCUUCAUGAUAAUCCGUCACGAUUUCAACACUCUCUUCUGUCUUCUCAAAGUACAUUAAUGCAUCAGCCAUCAACGAUCUCUCACAGAAAUCACGCUGCACGUAGAGAUUUAGCAGAUGCAACGGAGUUUUGUGUUUGUUUCAUCUGUCCAGCUGAAAACGUCGGAGGUGUGAUAGGAAAAGGAGGUGGUUUCAUCAAUCAGAUCAGGCAAGAAACUGGUGCAACCAUUAGAGUCACUACCUCAGAAAGUGAAGAAGAUGAUAGCAUCAUUUUCAUAUCAUCAAAAGAGUUCUAUGAAGACCAAUCACCAACGGUGAAUGCAGCCAUACGUUUACAAGAGCGAUGCAGUGAGAAAGUUGGUAAAGAUACAAAUGAUUCAACAAUCUCCACUCGUCUACUUGUGUCGAGUUCCAAUAUCGGAUGCCUAAUUGGGAAAGGUGGUGCUGUUAUAUCCGAGAUGAGGAGUGUGACACGAGCUAAUAUCCGUAUUCUUCAAAAGGAAAAUGUACCAAAUAUUGCUCGUGAAGAUGAGGAGAUGGUUCAGAUUACAGGAAAUCCUGAUGCAGCUAUGAAAGCUCUUACGCAAGUAAUCUUACGGUUAAGAGCUAACGCUUUCGAUAUGAAUCAUGGACUUGUCUUGCUACCCACAUCUUUUCCAUACAUCUCUCAAGUAUCCGGAAGUUCAAACAAACCCAAAUACGCAAAGCGGGAUGGUUCCAAAGAUCAAGACUACGGUAGACUGAAUUUGAAUUCCAAGAGAAGAAACCAUGUUUCUUAAAUCAAGAAAACCCAUCUUAGAAAGGUAAUGCUUUGUGGGUUUGGAGAUUAUUCAGAAGACGAAAGAAGACUGAGAGUGUUACACAGUUUCAGGGAACUUAUACGUUGGUGCAAUUUUUUAUUACUUGUAAUAAUAAAAAGUUAAAAAUGGUUGUCUAUUGAAUUAAAAUAAAAAAUGUAAACACGAAGGUGUCUUUUCAUCUUUUUGUUUCCUUUUUA